AAAUAAUAAAAAUGUAUGUGACAGUGCUCAAGUGACAGAAGUGUGUUUUUGUAUUGAUAAAUAUCGAAAUUCUCAGUGAUUAAUAAUUAGAUAUAAAUUUAAAGAUAUUACAUAUAUUUUUUUCGAUAAUUAUGAACAAAAGCACACUAAGUAAUCAAAACGGACAAGACGAUAGUCACAUAUUAUUUAUUGAUCAGGAUAUAAAUGAUAAUUGUUCACAAUCUGAUACGAGCUUGAUACAGUCCUUUUCCCAGUUGUCAACAACGCAAAAUACUGAUAAAUCAUCUUGUGGAAAUCUUGUUUUUUUGCACAAUCAUUUUGAUGCUCCACCAAAUAAUGUAAAUUUAUUGAAUAAUAAAAGUAUAAAAAAUAUCAAAACAAUGGAUAAACGUGGAAGCAGUGAGCUACUUGAUCAAAAUUCUAAAAAUGCAAGUUCAGAUUCUUUAAAUUCUGACAGUAAAAGUUCAUCACUAAAUUCAAAAAUAGAACAAGAAGCAGAAUGCUGGGAAAAAGCAUCAAAUUCAAAAAGUUUUUCAACAAGUUCAACAUCGACUGACAAUAAUAUCAUAUCAGCACUUGAGGCAAAAAAAGAUAAUGAUAUAAAAGUCAGUCCGAAUUCAUCUGGUGAUACUGGACCACCAUUAUUAAAUGGUGAAAGACGUCAAGGAAUAGCACGUGAUGUAACAUAUCUUUGUCCUUAUUCUGGUCCAGCACGUGGUAUAUUAACUGUGACAAAUUAUAAAUUAUAUUUUCGUAGUACUGAUCGUGAUACAGCAUAUAUUGUUGAGGUACCACUUGGUGUUGUUAGUAGAAUUGAAAAAGUUGGUGGUGCAUCAAGUCGUGGUGAAAAUUCAUAUGGUAUUGAAGUAUUUUGUAAAGAUAUGAGAAAUCUUAGAUUUGCUCAUAAACAAGAAAAUCAUUCACGUCGUGAUGUAUUUGAAAAGCUACAACAUUAUUCAUUUCCAUUGUCUCAUCAAUUGCCAUUAUUUGCAUUUGAAUAUACAGAUAAUUUUACUGAUAAUGGAUGGAAUGUUUAUGAGCCAAUUGCUGAAUUAAAAAGAAUGGGUGUUAAUAAUGACAUGUGGAAAAUAUCUAAAAUAAAUGAUACAUAUAAUUUAUGUGAUAGUUAUCCAAGUAUAUGGGCUGUACCAGCAGCAGCAACUGAUGAUGAUAUACAAUCAUCAGCUGGUUUUCGUAGUCGUGGUAGAUUACCAAUUUUAUCAUGGAUACAUUGUGAAAGUCAAGCAACAAUAACACGUUGUGCACAACCACUUGUUGGUGUUAGUGGUAGAAGAAGUCGUGAAGAUGAACGUUAUGUACAAUUAAUUAUGGAUGCAAAUGCACAAAGUCAUAAAUUAUUUAUAAUGGAUGCACGUCCAAUGGCAAAUGCUAUUGCAAAUAAAGCCAAAGGUGGUGGUUAUGAAUCAGAAGAUGCAUAUCAAAAUGCUGAAUUUGUUUUUUUAGAUAUACAUAAUAUUCAUGUUAUGCGUGAAAGUUUAAGAAAACUUAAAGAAUUAUGUUUUCCAAAAAUUGAUGAAGCUAGAUGGUUAACUGGUAUUGAAUCAACAAUGUGGUUAAAACAUAUUAAAUGUAUAUUAGCUGGUGCUAUUAGAAUUGUUGAUAAAGUUGAAAAUCAUAAAACAUCUGUUUUAGUACAUUGUUCAGAUGGUUGGGAUAGAACAGUACAAUUAACAGCACUUGCAAUGUUAAUGUUAGAUCCAUAUUACAGAACAAUAAAAGGUUUCGAAGUUCUCAUUGAAAAAGAAUGGCUUAGUUUUGGUCAUAAAUUUCAACAAAGAAUUGGACAUGGUGAUGAGCAUCACAGUGAUGCUGAUAGAUCACCAGUAUUUUUACAAUUUAUUGAUUGUGUUUGGCAAAUAAGUCAACAAUUUCCAAAUGCAUUUCAAUUUAAUGAACAUUUUUUAAUAACUAUUAUUGAUCAUUUGUAUUCUUGUCGAUUUGGUACAUUUUUAUUUAGCAGUGAACGUGAAAGAGUACAGGAACAAGUUAAACAAAGAACUGUUUCAUUGUGGUCAUAUACAAACAGUCAAUUGUCAUUGUAUCAAAAUCCAUUGUAUUGGGCUGGUUCAAAUAGUCAGUUGGUUUUAAUUCCAGUUGCAAGUAUGAGGUAUAUAAAACCUUGGAAAAGUUUAUACUGUAGAUGGAAUCCUAGCAUGAGACAACAGGAUCCAAUUUAUCAAAGAACAAGAGAACUUUUAGUUUUGAAAGAACAAUUGGAAAAACAAGUAGAAGAAUGUCGUCGUGAACAGGCAACACGUGCAAAUAGAUCAAUAACAUCAUCAGCUCCACCAAGAAUACAAUCACCAGUACACUCAUAAUAAUAUAAGCUAAUUUAAAAAUAAAUAUAUAUAUAUUUUAAUUGACACACAAUAUAUUAAACAAUUUCGUUUAUAACGAGAGAUUAAAAUUUGUAAGAAAACAAAAAAAAAUGUUAAUUUAACUAUUGACUGAAUUUUUUUUAUUUCAAUUUUUUUUUUUUUUUUUUAAUUUAAAUUGUACAAAAUAAAAAACAAAAAACAAUUAUUGUUGAUUAUAAAAAUUUUAAAUAAUUUGUACAUUUUUUUUUUUUUUUUUAAUUUAAAUAUUUAAAAUUUUAAAAAGAUGUAUGUAAGGUAUUUCAAAUAGAACAUAUAAUAUAUAUGCAGCAAAAUAUGUCAAGAAGAUAAUUCCCAAACAAAUAGGUACCUUGAAAAUUGAAAAAAAAAAAAAAUAUAGAUUAAUAUAAA